AUGGGGGAUUGGAACUUAUUAGGGAGUAUUUUAGAAGAGGUCCACAUUCAUUCCACCAUCGUAGGAAAGAUCUGGCUCACCAUCCUCUUCAUUUUCCGCAUGCUUGUCCUUGGUGUUGCGGCUGAGGAUGUCUGGGAUGACGAGCAGAGUGAGUUUGUUUGCAACACAGAGCAGCCCGGCUGCAAGAAUGUCUGCUACGAUCAGGCUUUCCCCAUCUCCCUCAUUCGCUACUGGGUCUUGCAGAUCAUCUUCGUGUCCUCUCCAUCUCUGGUCUACAUGGGCCAUGCGUUGUACCGUUUGAGGACCCUUGAGAAGGAGAGGCACAGGAAGAAAGCCUGUCUGAAAGCUGAACUGGAGGGGACAGACCCUGUGCAGGAGGACCAUAAGAGAAUUGAGCGAGAGCUCAGGAAAUUAGAUGAACAGAAGAAAGUGAGGAAAGCUCCCCUCAGAGGCUCCUUGCUGCGCACAUAUGUUUUCCAUAUCUUAACAAGAUCUGUGGUGGAGGUAGGAUUCAUCAUAGGUCAGUGUGCUCUGUACGGCAUUGGACUGUCUCCUCUGUACAAAUGUGAGAGGUUGCCUUGCCCGAACAGUGUUGAUUGUUAUGUGUCACGGCCAACAGAGAAGAAUAUUUUCAUGGUUUUCAUGCUGGUUAUUGCUGGAGUUUCUUUAUUCCUCAACCUCCUGGAGAUUUUUCACCUCGGGGUGAAGAAGAUCAAACAAAGCUUGUAUGGAUACAAAUACGGAGAUGAUGACAGCAUCUACAGGUCAAAGAAAAACUCCAUGGUCCAGCAGGUUUGUGUGCUCACUAACUCCUCACCCCAAAGGUUGAUGCAGCUAACGCAGAAGAACUGUUCUGUCGUAUCCGAUCCCCGUGGAGAGACUUUGCCUUUCACUUUGACCACAAUGGCCCUUCAGAAUCAGGAGGGGUCAAACAGCUCCAACCAGCAGCCUGUGGAGACAUACCUGCCAAGCCAAGACAUCCAUGGUCUGCAGCAGCUGGGGGCUGUAGACAGGCGCUACACCCUGGAUAACAGGAAGCCUUCAUGCAGCAGUGGUGAGUCAAAUGGACCUCACGGCUCGGUCCAGCCACAGUACGCAGGACCUCGACCCACACUGAUGGCCAGCCACAUGGAGAGCCCGGCAGUCUUGAGGAACCCGCAGAGGAAGCAGAGCAGAGUGAGUGUCUGUAAGGAGCUCAGUGACAUGAGUGAUUCUCCUGAGAGUGACCACUACCCCACAGCCAGGAAGUGCAGUUUUAUGUCCAGAGGAAUGUCAGAGGGCAAGCUGGCCUCUCCAUCUGACAGCACAGAUUCUCAGAGUGGAACAGACAUGGAGGCCCAGCACCUCAACCAGGGAGAGAGUCCAGUGGUCACCCCACCGCCUCCACCCAGUGGGAGGAGGAUGUCCAUGAGCAUGAUCCUGGAGCUGUCUUCAAUCAUGAAAAAGUAAAUUGAAAACGACCAUUUUGGGACUAAGAUAGAGGCCCAUGGGACUUCUAAAGGGACAGAAGGAUCCUGAUCGCAAAGCGAA